AUGGACCAGGAUCCCUCAGCAUCCGGCGGAUGGCGCUUUGCCCAGUGCUUUGGCGACAAGGGCGACGUGGACGAUAUCACUGAAGCUGACAUCAUUUCGACGGUCGAGUUUGAUCAUACCGGGGACUAUCUCGCUACUGGCGAUAAAGGAGGUCGUGUCGUCCUCUUUGAGCGCAACCAGACGAAGAAGGGAUGCGAAUAUAAGUUCUACACGGAGUUUCAGUCGCACGAACCAGAAUUCGACUACCUCAAGUCGUUGGAAAUCGAGGAGAAAAUCAACCAAAUCAAGUGGUGUCCGCGACAGAACUCUGCGCAUUUUAUACUCUCCACGAACGAUAAGACCAUCAAACUAUGGAAAGUAUUUGAAAAGUCGCUUCGAGUUGUCUCUGAAAACAACCUCAACGAUGGUCAACGGCCUCUACCUCCGCCCACCUCCGCCUCGGCGUUGCGUUUGCCUCGAUUACAGCAGCAGGAUCACAUCAUCGCGGCUACUCCCAGAAAGGUCUAUGCCAACGCACAUGCUUAUCAUAUCAACUCCAUCUCUAUCAACUCGGAUGGCGAGACAUACAUCUCUGCAGACGAUUUGAGGAUCAACCUCUGGAACCUCGGUAUUUCCAACGAGAGCUUCAACAUUGUUGAUAUCAAGCCAGUAAAUAUGGAAGAACUUACCGAAGUGAUCACGGCCGCAGAGUUCCAUCCGCUUCACUGCAACUUGUUUAUGUACUCAAGCUCUAAGGGAACCAUCAAGCUUGCAGACAUGCGUGAAUCGGCCUUGUGCGACAAGCACGCGAAGAUGUUUGAAGAAGAAGAGGAUCCGUCGAACAGAUCUUUCUUCUCUGAAAUCAUCUCCUCGAUUUCGGAUGUCAAGUUCAGUGCAGAUGGCCGUUACAUUCUUUCGCGUGACUAUCUAUCACUCAAGAUCUGGGAUACCAAGAUGGAAUCGCGACCAAUACGCACAAUUCAGAUACACGACCACCUUCGAGGCAAGCUUUGUGACCUGUACGAGAACGACUGCAUCUUCGAUAAGUUCGAGUGUACAUUCAGCGGCGAUGGACGCCAUGUUAUGACUGGCUCAUAUCACAACUACUUCCGUAUUUACGACGUCGAGGGCCCGAACGAUGUGAUUCUUCAAGCCGACAAAUCCGCAUUCAAGACUGUCAAAAAGGCAUGUUGA